UGAACAUCAUCUUACUCAUCUCAUAAAACAUCUGAUACUUUUUCCAGUAAUAAGUGAUCAAAAUCAUCGACAGUUUUUUGUCCCGGGCUAGGUUUAUCAUCUGCGCCUCUAAACUGUCGAAUCCGUGAACUUAUCAAGGUACUGUCAACGCCACGUGCCGUAGCCUCGCUCGUAUGAUGCGAAUUUAACAACAACACUAUUGAAAACAUAAACUUGAACUAACACUCACCACAUCCAACACACCUCUACCAGACGCAUCUCACUAUGCCGCACAUAGUCGUCUUAGGCGCCGGCGUAAUCGGCCUAAGCACCGCCCUAAAUCUCCAAAGCAGCAACCACACCGUAACAAUCGUAGCGCGGGACUUCCCCUCCGGCUCCGAAACCAUCGACGCGCAGUCUCAAAUCAACUACACCUCGCCAUGGGGCGGGGCGCAUAACCGGCUCGUCCCACCGACCAACGCCUCCGAGGAGCGCGAACACGCCAUGAGCCUGCGGACCUUCGACCACAUGCGCGCGGUGCAGGCGCGGCACCCGGAAGCCGGGAUCACGUUUAUGAAAGGGAUCGAGUACCUCGAGGCGCCGGGGGACGCGUACCGUGCGCUCAGCGAGGAGCGGGCUAAGACGGAGCUGGGGAUGCGGGGGUUCCGACUUUUGGGGAAGGGGGAGCUGCCGGAGGGCGUGGAGUGGGGGUGUGAGUAUGAGACUUGGUGUGUCAAUCCGAUGGUGUACUGCGCGUUUCUACUACGGCGGUUUGUGAUUCUAGGGGGGAAGGUUUUGCGCAGGGAGGUGAGGGAUCCGAGGGAGAUAUUUGCGUGGGGGUUUGAGGCGGGGGCGGCUGAUGUGGUGGUGAAUGCGUCUGGGAUCGGGUUUGGUGAUGAGAAAGUGUUUAUUACGAGGGGCCAGACUUGUCUCGUGGCUAACACGUGCCCCGCGACUGUCACGCGGCAGAACGCAGACGGGUCGUGGACGUUCUGCGUUCCGCGGAAUUUUGACGGGGGCACUAUUAUUGGCGGUACUAAAGAGCCCAAUAAUUGGGACCCGAAUCCUUCCCCGGAAGUGCGCGAAACCCUGUUGCGGAAAUUCGCCGCGACUUACCCGCAAAUUCUAGGUCGCGAUGGCAAGUUUACCGUGAUGAAGGAUAUCGUCGGGCGUCGACCGACUCGUAAAGGUGGCAUAAGGUUGGAGAAGGAGUCAGUCGAUGGAAACAAGACGAUCAUCCAUGCCUACGGUUUGGGCGGACGUGGCUACGAGUUGAGCUGGGGCGUUGCGGAUGGAGUGGCGCGGCUGCUGGCAGAACAUCUGGAGUCUAGUACUUCUUGGUAUAACGCGCAGGCUGGAGAAGCUAAGCUUUAAUUUGUGCGGAUACCUAUUGACACCGGCACGGGCCUGUAUGUUGUGAUAACCCUACGCGCCUUCGGCAGGGCGCAUAAUCUGUAGCUGGGAGUCAAAUGAUAAUGAAGCCAAAAAUUGAAUGUAUAGAAUGUGAAGGUGGUGAAGAUAAUCGUUUGAUAGCGAAAAGACAGCAAAUU